AUGCUACCUGCAGCGCGGGCGGAAGGGGGCGUGCUUACAGCAUGUGUGAACAGAGAAGAGUCAUCGCAAGAUUCACAACGAAGUGAUCCUUCAACUACAGAAAAUCGACCACAAUCCCGUUCAUCUAAUAACAGCUCGUCAACACGACGUAGAAAGAGAAGCUCACAAGAAGAACCCAUUACCUGUGCGCUCGCUCGUUUGGAAAAUAUUUCUUCUGCUAUAAAUACACAGUCUAAUUGCGAUGAAUUCCAUUAUUUUGCUCAAAAUGUUGCAGCUCAAUUGCGAGCCCUACCAUUGUACGAGGCAUUAGAUGUACAAAAUGAGAUCCAAAAAAUUCUGACUGCAGCAAGACGCCGAUACCAGUACCCAAAUUUGUCUUCCUUUACAUCUGUCACUUACACACCUCCUGCUACAAAUAUACAAACAAUGACUUUCAUACCCCCACCUACUACAAAUACACAAACUUUCAUACCUUCCAAUACAAUCACAGACGCAGUCACUUAUACACCUCCUACUAUAAAUACACAAACAAUGACAAAUACACAAACAAUAACUUUCAUACCUUCCAGUACAAACACAAACACAGUCACUUACACAUUUCCUUACUCGUCAUCCCAAUCAGAUUCUACCGUCCCCGAAGAAGAUUUGUUGAACAAAGCAUGGAAAACGUGUUAA